GCAGACCUUGGCCAUACAUUGGUUGUUGAGUCGUUCAAGAAGAAAGAAAUAAGGAAGUCUUUGAAGGCAAAUCACAGAUUGCGGUCUAACUAAAGUGAGAUGACGAAGGGUACGUCCAGCUUUGGAAAGCGGCACAACAAAACCCACACGUUGUGCCGCCGUUGUGGUAGAUCGUCCUACCACAUCCAGAAACACACCUGUUCGCGAUGUGGCUAUCCAGCAGCCAAAAUCCGGUCUUAUAACUGGUCGGAGAAAGCGAAGCGCAGGAAGACCACCGGUACUGGCCGCAUGCGUUAUCUGAAGGUUGUGCGUCGCCGCUUCCGCAACGGUUUCCGUGAGGGCCAGGUGGCCAAACCACGCAAAGCAGCCGUAUAAUUUCCCGGCAACUUUACUGGGCUGUAA